GCUCGCUUCGCACGACAACGACAACAACAAUAACGACGACGUUUUUUCAGUGGCGAAAACUGUACGCAAGAGGGGCGCGAAGAGGAGAAAAGUGCAAAGAGAGAAAGAGCAAAAAAAAAGAGGAACAAAAAACACGCAUGUAAUUGUAAUGUGCAAAUGUUUUAUGAGUUCUGUUUGUUUUUUUUCGGCUGCCCUCAGGUAAUUGCAGUCUGAUUUUCCGCGUGUGCGUGUGAGGGCGGAAAACGCGUGUCCAGGAAAACGCGCGAACGAAAAAAGAGAAGCAAGUAACUACCUACCGCCGCCCACCCAGCGAUCACGCGCCCCCAACCCAUUUUAAAUGAUAAUGGUGCGCAGACGACAGCGGCCCGCCAAGGAGUCCACAUCCUCUGCCUCCUCCUCCGCCGGAGGAGCCUCCUCGGGCUCCGGCCUUCCGGUUGACCAAACGCUGGCAUUGGGAGUUCCGGGAAGCCUGCUGGAGGAUCAGUAUUUUGCCAGCCCCAAGCGGAAAGACUGCCGACUGAUGAAGGUCAGCGAAAAUGGUCAACUGCCGGAAGCCACCGUGAUGGCCCACAAAGGCCACCACAAAGACAACAAAGCGGGUCGCACAAUCGGCGUUCCCCUGGCCACUCGCUCGCAAACGCGCACUAUUGAGAACUUCUUCAAAGCCAAUGCUGCCGUCAAGGAUUCCCAAAAGACAAUACACACAGAGGAGCAGCUGAAAGCGGAGGAUGAGGAGCUGGACCUAAACGAGCACCUGCCCUUUGCGGACGACGAAGACGCCAAGGCGGAGCAAAAAAUAAUGGAUGAGGAGCUGCAGCAGGUCGUCGAGGAAUUGCUCUUCGAUGGCAGCUCCAGAGCUUCUUCAGAUUCGCCCUGCUACCAGCACGAAAUGGAGGCCAUCCAAGAGAUCCCGGACAUCCCACACAUCAAAGAGAUUGCAGAGCCCCUGGCCGACUUCCAGACACACAGAUCUGCGCUGCGGGACAGCCACAGUUCCACGCACAGCAGCAGCACCGACAACAUAUUCCUCCAGGAGCCUGUGCUCACCCUCGACAUAGAUCGCACGCCCACAAAAGCCUCGAGUAUAAAGAUCAAUCGGAGCUUUGAGCUGGCCGGAGCCGUGUUCUCAUCUCCGCCUUCCGUGCUAAAUGCCUGCCUGAAUGGGCGCUUCAAUCAGAUAGUAAGCCUCAAUGGUCAGAAGGAGCCGCUGGCUGGGCCGCAUUUCGAUUUGGACCAGCACGACAGCAGCUCCUGCGACAGCGGCGUGGCCUGUGGACUGACUGCCAACACCGAAUCGCCAGCGGGGCAAGCUCGUCGCCGGAAACCAGCCACACCGCAUCGCAUUCUGUGCCCCUCGCCCAUCAAAACGGGUUUAAAGGCUACCGGAGGGAUUUGCAAGGGCGGCUCCACGGAUCCCCUAUCGCCGCGCAAGUCGCCGAGGAAAUUGCCCGCCACCACAGCGGCCGUGGCCGCCUGCAAGUCGCGCCGAAGACUGAACCAGCCAAAGCCACAAGCGCCUUACCAGCCACAGCCACAGCUACAGAAACCACCGCCACAGCAGCAACAGCAGCAGGAGGACAUUGUAGUGGUGCUAGACGACGACGACGAUGAGGAGGAGGACGAGGACGAUGUGCACGCCCUGCUCAAAGCAGCCGAGGAGCGGGAGAACCAGAACAAAGCACCAGCCACAGCGAACAGCAACAAAGCGGGCUUGAAAGCCAUGCUCAAGCCGGCGCCUGUGAAAGCAAAGACCAAAAGCAAGGGGCCUCUGGCUGCCACCAAUGGCAACCGCGAGAUGACCGACUUCUUCCCCGUGCGCAGGAGUGUUCGCAAGACCAAGACGGCCGUCAAGGAGGAGUGGAUGCGGGGCCUGGAGCAGGCGGUGCUCGAGGAGCGCUGUGAGGGUCUUCAGGUGCGACACUUCAUGGGCAAGGGAAGAGGCGUGGUCGCCGAGCGACCCUUCAAACGCAACGAGUUCGUGGUCGAGUAUGUGGGCGAUCUCAUCUCUAUCAACGAGGCCAGCGACCGGGAGAAGCGCUAUGCGUUGGACGAGAACGCCGGCUGCUACAUGUACUACUUCAAGCACAAGACCCAGCAGUACUGCAUCGAUGCCACCGUGGACACUGGGAAACUGGGUCGUCUCAUUAAUCACAGCCGUGCCGGCAACCUGAUGACCAAGGUGGUGCUCAUCAAGCAGCGGCCACAUCUCGUACUCCUGGCCAAAGACGACAUCGAGCCGGGCGAGGAGCUGACCUACGAUUACGGGGAUCGAUCCAAGGAGUCGCUGCUGCAUCAUCCCUGGCUGGCCUUCUGAGGAAGAGCCCUCCAGGAGCUCGCAAAGGGGGAUAAGGAUCAGCCUUAAAACGAAGACUAUUUACCAUGUUCGAGGCAGAGAAUCUUUAAGAUGGGAACGGAGCUAAACUGGUUUUUGGCUCUGGGGAUUCUUUAUUAGCUUUUAUACGUAGAUUGCCUCGCCUUGAACCAAGCAAAAUUGUUUUCUGACCCCUGUUCCCAUUAUGAUAAGUUGCCGGAAUUAUAUUUAAUUAAUAACGAACGUUAACGAAAAUAUAUCAAGAUCGCAAUAGGUUAUAUUUUUGGUAAGACCAAUUCAAUCAAUCCGAAUUCCGGCAAUUUCAAUCAGAAUGGAACAGAGAACAGGGUUUUUUUAGGACUUGUUCAGGGUUUCCCCGAGCUUAGAUCUAAUUUGAGGAAAAGUAUGUAAACUGUUAGUUCAAAAUAUCAUAACGGAUAGUGAAACCCACAAACCCCCCAGCCAAGGUCGGAAAGUAAUCAAUGUAAAUUCUAACAAGUUUGCUCCAAAAUAGGUCUAAUAUCAGUUUUGGUCUUUUCUA